UCUGCUCCAGUCUUAUUUCUUCCUAUAUCCCCGGAUCAUUGUCCAUAGUUUUCUCCUUGCUUCAGCUUUGCUUUUCAUUCCAAACCUUACUAUCAUACUUCUCUUGCCAUGGAGCCCACGGUUCAGCACCUUCCCAUUCCUGUAUUGGAACGUGUCAUUUAUUAUCUUACUCCUGAAAAAUCUAUAAAUGUUGGUCAGCAUUAUCAGAAUUCCGUAUAUGAGGCUAUUAUGCCGGUUUCUCAUGUUUGCCAGUCAUGGCGGCAAGUCUCUCUCUGCCAUGCAUUCCGGUAUGUCCACGUAGGGACUCACACUAAACCAACUCUCAAAUUGGCUCAGACGCUGAAGGUCUGUGACCUGAUCAAGGGAGUCACGAUAAAACUUCAGACGAACAGCAUAUUCCACACUCCAAGUGCUGCUCUGUUAAGACGACAUAUAGCAAGUGAUCUUUCAUUCCCAAGCAUCAAAAGUCUCACUUUCAUCUUUGCUGGAAAUAUUUACUGGGCGAAAGGCGCACUGGCCAAACUACGUUCUCGUCAAUUCAGUAACGAGUUACUCCGCAUAUUUCCAUCCAUUACCCACAUUGGAGUGGAGCACAACUGGGAUCUCUUAAGCGAUAAUCUUCCUUCUCAUAUAGUCAAUCUCUUGAAACGUCUACUCGCCGGAAGAACCGCAAUAACUACUGACGGAUAUUGUCUGGCCGAUGCACUUCCAUUCCCUCCAACCCCGGUCCCGCUGCAAAGCUUGGCCACGAGUGGGUGUGGUAAGAUGACAAAUGUGUUCACUCUUAUCCGCAAAAACUCGCAGUCAUUGCAAAGACUCCACCUUGACCUGAGCGCGUCCGUCCUGAUCAGACGCGUGGUGACCAACAGCGACGGUUCAGCAGUUGUGUACCCUCAGCUUCAUAUCAUUCGCCUAACUACUAUGGACAAGUCCUGGAAUGUCGCUCCCCGUCCUUCAUUUGAUGGAGUGCCAUUCCCGGUGCUGAGAUCUUUGACUAUCCAUGGGCGCUAUCCGGUUUCUGACGACUCUAUUCUGCGCGGAUCGGAGGACUCACUUACGUUCUUGGACUUGCAUUUGUGGGAUAGUACUAUCGACAUUCUCGGCGCGGCCGGUUUGCUUGAUGAGGGGCGAUAUAUGGUGCUUGAGUCUGUGAGACUUACAAAUUCAUCCACUGGGUCCAACAUGAUUACUGAGGAUCGCGCUUCUCUUGUACUUGGUGCUUUCCACCGGACGCCAAUGAUAGAGUUUAGCGACGGCUUUCAGUUUGGAUAUACCAUUCUUCAACCAUAUAUCAGCGGCUUGGCCCAGGGUGUUCGUGAUCUAAAGAUCCCUGGAGUAAGGUGCACUUUUGAUGAGAUCCUCCAUUUAAUCGAGUCUCUGCCCUUCAUCAGGAGCCUCGCCGUGACCUGUCGCCGAAGUGCUGCUCUGGCAGAUAUGACGGAUAUUCCAGCUGUGGUUGAAUCUGUGGCACAAGUGGGCUUGACGAAAAAUGACGCUGUCGGUAUCAUUGCUCAUGUUUGCCAGGCUAUGGGCAGAACUAGCAGCCCAAUUCUACCUGAACCUCCUAUCUCCCAAACACUCCAAAACAUCUCUGUUCGUCCAGACCACAGUGGAGGACAUGUUCAGGCUGCAUGGCUGACAACCAUUCUAGCGUUGCGGUGCCCAACAAUCCGCAUUUUUCGCUCGUUCUUCACCGAAGACUUUGACAUAGCCCGCGCUGACCUUGUGCGAGACAAGCACUUUGCUGAGCUUGCUGCUCGUUUGAGCACCGACAGCAACUAGGCUUUUGGAGUUCUUUACUUCUUAUCAUC